AGCGCCACACAAGCAGCCUUCUCGUUUUUCUUCUCGUUAUCUGUUUUGUUUUUGCUCCUGUCCUUCCUCGCCAACGUCCCCGUUCAGACCGACGUAUUAUUAUUAUUAUUAUUAUCCCUUUUUAUGGGUGUCACCCACCACACAGACACACGCUUCCGUCAAUUCACUUUAAAAAAAACAACGAUUAACACAGAAACGGCACGGGUGCUCGGGUGCAUAUAUUUGCGUUGCAUAUAUAUCUUUUCUUUUAUUGUUGAUCUCUCUUUUUCCUUUUACGUUUGCGUUUGCUCGACGCGGUCGUUUCGUAUACCUCUACACGAUUCAGCCCCUCCGCAUCCCUCGCACCACUUGCCACCCACCCCUACACAAAGAGAAAUCAGCUAUUCCUUUUUUUUUUGUUCCUCUGUUGUCACUCUUGUCGUUGCUGUUGUUGCACCUCGAUAUUUGCAAAUCGGUCACUUCCUCCUGUACGACGCGCCGCGUCGUUCUUCGUUGUUGUUGUUGUUUUUUUAUCGUGCGGCUUCCCCCUCCCUCACCUGCAUGCGAUGCUUUCAUUGAGAGGGACUACAGCAAGCUUAAUAAUAGUAAGAAGAAGAGAGAGUUCUUCCGAUCCGCUCCGUCUUGCGUAAGAGCUCAUUUUCCUGUCGUUUUCUCUCCUUCCUCAUCUUCCGUUUUUUUUCCCCCUUCGUUGCGUUCUUUCUGUUGUUGCCGGCCUUCUACUUCGCUGACGGCGUCGGCGCUGCUUCUUCGGUGCUGCGUCGCUUUCUUUUAACGCGCACUCCAAAGGGAGCCACCACCACCCCUCCCCUUGUUAGAGAAGAGGGUGAACCGGAGAGCCCCGUUCGUGCCGGCUUCGUCGUUUCGUUGCGGGUGCCGCUGUCGCGCGGUCGUUGACGCGUUCAUUGUCCUCCGUUUUAUUUCAUAUUUUUCUUUCUCCUCUAGCGCCAUCGCGCUGCUAUUGUUUGUUUUUGUUUUUUGCUCUUCUUAUUUGUUGCGUGUGUUUACCUUCCAUAAAGAACUUCGCUUCUAACGAAACAGUCGAUAUUCUUUUCCCGUCAGUUUUGUUUUCCGUUUUUGAAUCUCUUUCCUUCUUUCUUAUUUAAAGACGCCUCUAACGUUUCCUCUUGCAGAAAGCACUUUCAAACAGCGACACGCCACCUUCUCCGAGUCUUCUUCCUCUUCUUUUAUAUUUCUUUCUCUCGUCUCUCACUCACACAGCCCGUCUGUGCGAGUUUGUGUGUCUUGUGUGUCUUGUCUGUAUCCUUCUUGUUGUUCCUUGACAUUAUCAUUUACUCCUAGUGCUACUAUUGCUAUUACUGUGCCGUCUCCCCUCCUCCCCUCUCCAACGAAACGCGUCUGUGGAGUCUCUUCCUCUUCCUCGUCUUCUUGCCCCGUUCCCCCGUUCGUUCUUUGUCGUCUUUUGGUCUACCUUUUCUGCUGAUUGUUAUCUAUAUUUUAUUUUUCUUUCCAGCCGUCGCGUCGGCUUCAGUCCGUCUCUCUCUCUUCCUCUCUCACGCGCUCUUUGGCUGAGUGGUGGUGGCGGUGGGAUUUGCUUUGUUCCUCUUUGGUUCUUCGUUUUACUCACACUUGCCUCGCUGCGCCAAGCGUUGGCCGCUGUGCGCCACGCAGACCACGCAGCAACGCCAGCAGCAAAGGAAAAGAAUAUCCAAGGUUGCGUCUCGUGUUGGAUUUCAGCCGCUGUCGUGUCCACACGCACACACACGCACACGCAUGUCGACACGUUCGUAUUAUAAAGGCGGUGGUGGCGCCUCCGCCGUCGCACCCCCUGGCAUUCAAAUUACCACCUCUGCGGCGGCCGACAACCCCGCAAGUGCCUUCACCGAUGCCCUCAAACAACAGCAGCAGCAGCAACAGCAAAUGCAGCAAAUGCAGGAGAACUCCCUGCGGUCUCUGUCCCCCAACGACAAGAAGCACCUCAGCAGCCCAACUGGCGCAGCAGCAGCGGCGGCGGCGGCGGUGGUUUCCCCCAACAGCAACUCCCGCAACGAUGCCGGGGCUGUCAUUCGAGCCAUCAGCAUCAGCAGCGUCGCAUCAGCACCCGCUGCGCCAGCACAACCACUGUCCGGCCCAUCCCACAUGAUCGACCCCAACGGCGUCGAUGCCGACGAUGAUCACCUCCUCCGCAACGGCAACUCGCACCCGCGCGCGAGUGCGGCUCGCAACGAUGCGGGCGACGUGGAUGAUGACGUGGACGACUUCGGCGGCGCCGACAGCGGGAUGGGGAAUAGCGCCAACGAACCGCUGGACUACUGCGGGGUGCGUCUGCUGCCCGGGGUGGAGCAGCUCGACUUCGAUGAGGGUUACUACGUCGGCACGGUGGAUGAGAACGGAGAGAUGGCCGGCUACGGCAAGGCGACGUGGCAUACGGGCGACACGUACGAAGGGGAGUGGUUAGACGGCAUGAUGCACGGCAAGGGCGCCUACACGUGGGCCGACGGCGACUACUACAAGGGCGAAUACGCGAAGGGGCGCAUGGAGGGCUACGGCGAGAUGAAGGACACAACGGGGCUGUACACCGGGGAGUGGGUGGCCGACAUGCGUCAGGGCUACGGCAGGAUGGUUUACGCCGGCGGAAACAUCUACGAGGGGGAGUGGCUCGCGGGGAUGCGGCACGGCCCCGGCAAGUUGAUUGAGGUGGCCGCGAACGUCGUGUACCAGGGCGAGUUCAACCGAAACGAGAAGGAAGGCCGCGGCGUACAGACGAACGACGAUGGCGACGUCUACGAGGGCGAGUUCGCGAACGGCAAGCCGAACGGCCGCGGCACCUACAUGUGGUCCGACGGCUCCCGCUACAUCGGCAUGUUCAAGGACGGCGUGAAGCACGGCGACGGCUGCGAGUGGCUGGCGAACGGGGACUGGAUUGCGGGGAUGUUCUGCAACGGCGAGCACGUCGAUGACAACUCCACCCGGCACAAGGCGAUUCAGCUCUCGGGGGUCGACGACGACGAUGCUGCUGACGCCGUCGACGACGACGAAGGCCGCGGCGGGGCGGGUGGAGAAAGCGGGGCGGCGGUCGACGCCAACGGCAACCCAAUCCCGGCGAAGCACGCCGUCAUACCGGGUCUGACGGACGAGGCCGCGGCGGCGGUGCUGAAGCCGCUCGAUUCGGAGCAGCUCCGCCGCAUCACCGAACCGGCCGCGCAGGCGUCGAUGGACUUUUCGCACCGCAACAGCAUAGUUCCCGCGAACGUGACGGAUGGGGCGAGUCCAACGGCGCACAACACCUCCCGCAACAAGAAUAACAGCACCUACACAAACAUGGCGAGCAGCGGAAGUAUCCACGGCGCGACGGCCGGGUCCGACUCGUUGAUGUCCCCGCUCACCCUCGCCUUGAACGCGCCGCAGGUACUGCUGGAAGACAGCGAGUUGGAGGGGUGGACGCCGCUCAAGACCAUCGGCAAGGGCAGCUUCGGCGCGGUGUACACGGCCUUGUUGCGCAACGGACGCACCGUAUGCUGCAAAGUCAUCGAACUCGGCAACGUCGAGAGCGAGGAGGAGAUGGAGAAGCUGCGGAACGAGAUCGCGCUAAUGAAGCGGCUGCAUCACCCAAACUGCGUCCAGUACUACGGCAGCCUCGAGGACAGGACGAAGAACACGCUGAACAUCUUCAUGGAGUACGUGAGCGGCGGCACGCUGACAAGCUUCGUCAACAAGUUCAAGUCCAUCCCACUCGAGACGAUGCGGCAAUGGGCGUAUCAGAUGGCCACCGGGGUGAAGUACCUGCAUGACUGCGGCAUCGUGCACCGCGACAUCAAGGGCGACAACGUGCUCGUGUCCGUCGACGGCAUCGUGAAGCUGGCCGACUUCGGCUGCAGUAAGUCGAUCGAUGACGUGUGCAGCGCUACGCACGGCUGCUCCACGAUGGUAGGCACGCCGUACUGGAUGGCGCCGGAGGUGAUCAAGUGCGAGGCGGGCGGCUACGGCAUGAAGAGCGAUAUUUGGUCCUUGGGAUGCACCAUUGUGGAGAUGCUGACGGGCAAGCCGCCGUGGCCGGAGUGUAACUCGAUGUGGGCCGCCGUGUACAAGAUCGCGAACUCGACCGGCCUGCCGACGGAGAUUCCGUCCGACGUGGAUGCAGAGCUGAUGGACUUGCUGGAGAAGUGCUUUGAGCGGAAUCCGAAGCUGCGGCUGACGGCGACGGCGCUCUUGCAGCACCCGUUCUUUGCCAAGGUCACCGAGUGCGGCUCGUCGCGUCGCGACAGCAUCACGGACGCCCCGCAAAGGUAA